AUGACUCAAGUUCCUUUGGAAUUGCACUCUUGCGAUGGAGGUAGUUACGACGGCGAUCGAUAUUAUAAUUAUCCCAGCACAGAAUACUGUCCAGAGAAUGCUUUGCGUAAUGAUGGCUCUGUUUACUGCACGAAAAACUCCCGCUGUAACAUGAUCCUUCAGCACGUCGAGAAGAAAUGCUUCACCCUUCAGAGACUGGUAAUAAGAGCUCCUUCAUCGGGCUAUACCUCUCCCGAUAGUGUUCGCGAAGGCAUGAUUUUUGUGACCAUGGACGACAAUAACUUACUCACUCGUACAAACUAUUCGAUCCGCUACGAAGAUUAUAAUGAUGAGCAUGGAGAUGAUAGUGAGGAUGAGAUUGAGAAUCGUCGAGCUAUUAGACCGUCCCAAACAGACCCCUGUGACACAACCCAAGAGGAUCGUGAAUCUCAGCCUUUGAUAGAGUCUUCAACAACUCCUGGUCCGUCAAGAAUCGAAGCAACUCCCGAUGCAGCAGGAAUUGCUGCACAAAUACCACUUCUUGAACCUCAUGCAACGUUUUACAACCGUGAUAGUAAGAAUAAAUGCGUCAUCAACUUUGAACCCGCUAUUUCCGGGAGGUUCAUUCUGGCCAAGUUCUUUGCAGGCCAUAUGGAUGACAACAUAGAUAUCGAAUUUAUUGGCGCCUAUGGUUAUGUUGGGAGGCGGUUUUUCCCAGCAACCACUCCACGAUAG